CCACACCGAGGACGUCUUCCACUGGAAUACGUCUCUAAGUCAAGUUGUGUCUGUCCUCCUGGAAGCUUUGAUGGACACCAGCGUCCUCCUCCUCCUCCGGGUCUCUGUCCUCCUCCUGGGAGGGACCAGCGUCCUCAGAGGUGUCCCCGCUCAGAGAGUCAGAGCCAGUCUCCAGAACAUGAAGGUCCGGAUCAGGGCCACCGGGGACACCGUCGUUCUGGAGUUUGUGCGUCCCCGUCCAGAUGUGAAGCUGGAGGGUUUUGUCCUCGGCUAUGGGAGCAGUGUCUUCUCCAGACAGUUCAUCCAGAUACCAGAGGACGGACGGACCUACCACACCGAGCUAGAUGCAGAGCCCAAGUACCUGGUGGCCGUUCAGCCAAUCCCAGCCAACGAUGUCACGAAACACUGCACAGGUGAAGCCCCCCUGGAUAAGCCGCUCCACCUGGUGAUCGGCUCCGUCAGCCCCACGGCCGUGCUCCUGUCCUGGGGAAACCAGCUGAAGGCGCCUUAUGAAGGGGACGUCAUGGACCAGUGUCUGGAGGAAGGGUUCUACACCAUCCGCUACCGGGAGAAGAACAGGAAGUGGAUCUACCAGACGUGUCCGACCAGUGACACGGUCAUUGAUAACCUGAAGCCCAACACGCCGUACGAGUUCAGCGUUCGCUCCAACAAACACGACCGCAGCGGCGCCUGGAGCAAACCGGUGGUCCACCAAACCACCAGGGGCAAUAACGCUCAGAAGACGUUCAAGCUGCGCAGUCCUGUCCCCAAACCGAUGAACCCUCUGGUCUUCUUCCCUCCUCGGCCUGUUCUGCUCAAUGGGACGAGGCCUCGACUCUCCAGCGCCAUCAACAGUCCUGGUUUCCCUGGAGUACCACGAACGUCCUUUGGACCUCCGGCUCGUACGUCCUUACGCUUCAUCAAGAACCCGAACUCCGUGGGCAAACCUGGAGGAACAGUGAAGGUCAACAACCUGAAACACGUUGACGAGUCGUCCAUCCUGAACCUCAAGGUCUCGACGGCCAAAACGACCAAACAGGAACGCAAACGCACCCUGACGACGACUUCCCCAACAACGGUUUCCCCGACAACAACUUCUCCAACAAUGACUUCCCCACCAACGGUUUCCCCGGCAACCUCUGCUCCUCGACAGGAAACCUGGGAGGAGUCAGACCUCUUCCAGUCUGAGCCGACCUCUGACCUGGACGCCAUGGGGAAGAAGCGCUACACAGCACCACAUGUCGUCUACCAAACUGGAAAGAAGCCGGAUGAGCCGUGCUCCAUCACCUCCUCCCUCGGCUACUUCCCUCAGGGCGAACGUGGCGAGACCAACGUGACGUCUCCGCCCAGGUCUCCGCCCACCAACGUCACUGUGGUGACUGUGGAGGGAUGUCCAUCCUUCAUCAUCCUGGACUGGGAGCGGACUGACAACGACACCACUGAGUACGAAGUGAUCUCCACGGCUAAAGGACCAGACGGAGAGCAGGUCUCCAUCUUAACCACCAACCAAACCCACACGGCUGUGGAGAACCUCAAACCAGAGAGCAGUUACGAGUUCAAAGUGAAGCCAAAGAACGAGUUGGGUGCAGGUCCUCCCAGUGAACCGGUCUCCUUCAGCACCGAGUCCGCCGACCCGAGGGUGAGCGAGAACAUUUCAGGAAAAGACGCCAUCUGGACCCAGUUCCCCUUCAGAACGGACUCGUACUCUGACUGCCACGGCAAACAGUACGUCAAGAGGACGUGGUACCGUAAGUUUGUGGGCGUCCAGCUGUGCAACUCGCUGCGCUACAAGAUCUACCUGAGCGACUCCCUGAAUGGUAAAUUCUACAAUGUGGGCGACCAGACUGGUUUCGGUGAAGACCACUGUCAGUUUGUAGACUCGUUCCUGGAUGGACGGACGGGCCAGCAGCUCCGGGCGGACCAGCUUCCGUCCAGACCCGGUUUCUACCGAGCCGUACGCCAGGAACCCGUCCACUUCGGACAGAUGGGAAGACACUCCCACGUCAACUACGUCUCUUGGUACGAAUGUGGAACGCCCAUCCCUGGUAAAUGGUAGACAGCCUGGCUCUUGGAGGACUGGAGGAACCUUUAACCGGGACGUCCUCGUCAGGGAAGCAUCUUUAAAACUUAGCAAACACUAUUUAUCAAGGUGAUGUCAGAGCAGGAAGGAACAAAGUCACGCUAGAUCUAUUUUAUGCUGUGUUGAGAUAUGGGAAGCUGGCUCCCUGGAUGACUGUUUUCAUAGUGUUAUUUAUCUGAAGGUUCUCACCAGGAACGCUCAGGUUUCCUGAACCUUCUUAAUCCGUCUCUUCAGAAAUCUGCUGAUCAGAGCUGAACUCAAAAUGUUUUUAUCUGUAUAUUUAGAGAAUCACCACCACCUUAUUUACUCCAGUAUAACCUGCUCUUCUUCUUCUUACCUCAUCAUGACGCUGAGCGGGAUGCUAACCAAAGGGAAGAGCUUCUAAAUGGAAUUUGCUCCAGUAGAUGGCUUGGUUGGUUAGCAGUGGUUAGCUGAUUGUCGUCUCUGCUGUCUUGCUGUCUAAACCUGAUUCAGGAACAUUUCAGCUAGGAGUGAUGGCUAGAAAUCUUUAUUUGACCUGUUAGCUGGACUUCCUGUGUUAGCUAGCCCUCAGCUAGCCGUUAGCUAGAUUUGGAAGUCUAAAGCUUAAAGGCUAAUUGUUUCCAGGGCUAGUUUCUUAGCCAGGAAACAAACACUAUGGACACCAGGUGUUUGUAUCUGGCUACCUAGCUCCAUGUUGCUAACAAAUAGACACAUAGAUGUUGGAACCGUUAGCCGCUUGGCUAACUAAACCUAAAGAAAAUGUUAGCUAUUUAGCUAGAUUGUUUUGGUAGCAAGAAUAUAUAUGUCACCUGUCUUUAAAUUUGUUGAAAACUUGAAUUUAGCAGGGAGAAGGCAUCCUGUGUGAUGGGAUUAGGGCUACGAGCUAACAUGCUCAUUAUUUUUGUUAAUUUGCCGGCUGCCUGUGGACUGUGGAGGGUUCUUCUGUUGUUUGAUGUAGCACAGAACAUCAAAAUCCUGACCAUAUGUAGUGUACAUAGCCUGUUAGCAGGUUUCAUUUCAAACCCACGGGACGUAAGGAUUCAUCUCUCUGUUUGUUUGUGUCUGUUUUCAACAAUAAAUACCUUUUAUGCUUUUUCUUAAAAAA